AUGACACCAGAAGUGGCUGCUAAUGUGUACAAGGAGCUCCCACGACUGGCUAAGGCAGUGCAAAAGGCCACAGGAUGUGACGGUAUUAAUAUUAUCCAGAACAACAGAGCAGCCUCAGGUCAGGCUGUUUUUCACGCACAUAUCCAUGUGAUUCCACGCUUUGAUGACGAUGGGCUCAUGAAGCUGCCAGUGGGUCAAACCAUGAUCACUAAGGAAGACGGCGUUGCAAUGCAGACCAAGAUUUAG